CUCUGUGGACAGCCCUCCUCUGAGAGGUGAUGCUGCAGCAGCUGCUCUACAGACAGUUAACAUGAGGCUGAAAGCGAAGUGAAUGGCGCUGUUUCCACACUAACAGUGUGUGUCACAAUUUUAUUUCAGGAAGUCAAGAAUCUGACAAUGCAACGGACGAGGAGCUUUUUGCCUGCAUCAGUAUUUUUGUCGUAUCAUUAAAUCGAGAGUCGUAAAAAGCUUCCUGUCGGGGAUCGUGGAUGUGGAUCGACGUGUCUUCACUAACUGCUCGCGAUGCUAGCUCGCUAGCUUCCUCCUUCAUAUUUGUUCCUCUUUAACGCUGUAAUUUCAGACAAAACUGCUUCUAAUUCGCUUCUUUCAUCUUUCUAACCGGAUUACCGUAAAGUAAACUUCCAAAGGUGCUAUUUGCCGCUGUCUGCUAGCGUUAACACUAGCUAGAAUUAGCGCAGCUAAUUAACAUAAGGCUGCUUUUAAACGGAUGGAUAAACAUGUAAAUAAUUAACCAAACCAGUUGAGAUUAAUAGGGAACGGUUAGGGCGAUGUUAAACUAUUUGCAUUCGGAUGUUGCCUCAAAGUGGGCAACAUUUGCUUGUUAGGAACACAGUAAAAAAAAAAUCAUUUAUAAUGGUGUAGAUUAGUGUAAAUCUAUUAGGUAGUCGCCUAACACGUUCAAACCUAAUUUAAUUUAACAGAAAACAACUAUAGGAGAACCGGCAUGUUUUGUUUUAGCAAAUUGAUUAAAAUCUUCUAAAAUGUGUCUUAGUUGCUGCUAUAUUCAGGUUUAGCUCCUGUCUGUCAACCAUGCGCCUUUCGUCCUUUUUGGCCGUGUUCAGGCCUGCUUUGCCCCUCAUUCUGGGGCUGUCUCUGGGAUGCAGUCUCAGUCUUUUGAUGGUGUCCUGGACGCAAGGGGACACGGAGGACCCCUGCAGAGAUGAGCUGGCUGAAGGUGGGCUCUUCCUGGGUAAAGGAGAGGCUCACAGAGGAGGGAGAGAUGGAGCUGGAGAGGAGGACUUCCAGCCAAGAAUAGUGCCAUAUCACAAGGAUCCAACUAAACCACAUAAGAAAGUCCUCAGAACAAGAUAUAUCCACACUGAACUGGGCAUCAGAGAGCGGUUGUUGGCGGGUGUCCUCACCUCCAGGGCCACCCUCAACACGUUAGCCGUGGCAGUGAACCGCACAGUCGCCCAUCACUUCCAUCGAACCUUUUUCUUCACGGGCUUACACAGCCCCAAGGUGCCCCGUGGGAUGACAGUGAUAGCCCACGGCGACGACAGGCCGGUGUGGCUGAUGUACGAGACGGUGCGACAUCUCCAUCAGCACUACGGCUCAGAGUACGACUGGUUCCUCUUAGCGCAGGACGACACCUACAUGCAGGCGGGUCGCCUCUCAGAGCUGGUGGGCCACCUCAGUGUGGGUCAGGACCUAUACAUGGGCAGGGCUGAGGAGUUCAUUGGAGGGGAGGAGAAGGCGCGUUACUGCCACGGGGGCUACGGCUACCUCCUGUCUCGCAGCCUUCUGGCUCGUUUGCAGCCGCACCUCGACACCUGCCGCAAUGACAUCCUCAGCGUUAGACCUGAUGAGUGGCUGGGCCGCUGCAUCAUCGACUAUUUGGGUCUAAGCUGCGUGGAGGUGCACCAGGGGAUGAUGUACCGUUACUUUGAGCUGGGGAAAAACGCAGAUCCGGAGCGUGAAGACAGCCUUACGUUUAAAAAUGCCUUCACAGUCCAUCCUGUGUCGGACCCCAUCCUCAUGUACCGUCUACACAAACGCUUCAGUCAAAUAGAGCUGGAAUGGACUUAUCAGCAGAUUCAGGAUCUUCAGAUGCAGAUCAGCAACCUGAGCCACCUGACUCCUGAGGGGAAGGCAGGGAUCACAUGGCCAAUAGGAAUCAACUCCCCCUUCAAACCCAAAACCCGCUUCGAGGUCAUAAACUGGGAUUACUUCACUGAGGACCACAUUUACUCCUGCACUGACGGCUCGCCUAAAUGCGAGAUGAGAGGAGCCGACCGAGCCGAUGUCAGCGCCGUGCUUGAGGUCGCCGUGGAACGUCUCAACAAGCACUACCAGCCACAGCUCCGCUUCCGCAAAGGCCGCCUGCUGAACGGCUACAGACGCUUCGAUCCCACGCGUGGUAUGGAGUACAUCCUCGACCUGGCGCUGGAGGCUUUCACCCAGAAGGGCCACAGCCAGGUCAUCGCUAAAAGGGUCAACCUGCUCCGACCCCUUAGCGCCGUAGAGAUUAUCCCCAUGCCUUAUGUUACAGAGGCCACACGGGUGCAGGUCAUCCUGCCGGUCACCGCGCAGGAUCAGGACUAUGUCGGCAACUUCCUGGACAUGUAUGUGACAAACACUCUGGACACCCACGACAACGUGUUACUGACCUUCCUGUUCAUCUACGAUCCCUUCGACGCUCAGAGGGUCAGCCAGACUGACGUGUUCGCCGGCGUCAAGUCAAUGAUCGCAGAAGUGGAAAAACGUUACGGCGACGUGAAGAUUCCCUGGAUUAGCGUGAAGACUGAGGUUCCCUCACAGGUCAAGCUGAUGGACAUCAUUUCUAAGAAGCACCCUGUGGACACUCUUUUCUUCCUGUCAAGUGUUUGGACCGAGGUCAAUGCAGACUUCCUGAACCGCUGCAGAAUGAACGCCAUCAGCAACUGGCAGGUUUUCUUCCCCAUCCACUUCCAGGAGUACAACCCCGCCGUCAUCUACCGCGACCAGCAGCCGUCCGCCGCCUCCACCUUCGCCUCGGAGUCUCUCCGAGACGGCCACUUCGACCGGCACAUCUUCGACGAGGCCUGCUUCUACAACGCCGACUACAUGAGCGCCCGCACCAAAAUGGCCGCCGACAUUUUAGAGAACGAGGAGCUGAUGGAGACCAUGGACGUGUACGACAUCUUCGUGCGUUACUCCGGCCUGCACGUGUUCAGGGCCGUGGAACCCGCGCUGAUCCAGAAAUAUGUGCGGCGAGCGUGCAACCCUCGCUUCAGCGAGGACAUCUACCACCGCUGUGUAAUCAGCAACCUGGAGAGCCUGGGGUCCCGAUCGCACCUCGCCAUGGCUCUGUUCGAGCAGGAACAGGCCAACAGCACAUAAAGCUUUUCUCUUUUCAAUCAAGUGGUACUAAGAUGUCUGGAUCAGCCUUAAACAACCAAAAACUGUUUACGUCUCAUGGCUGAAAGGGACUUGUGUAACUUCUACACAGCGGUGAAUCGUAGCGUCCCUUCAUGAUCGGACGCUUAGCAAAAGAUGCUGCUUGGAUUCCUGCUGUUAACGUUAACUCACCUUCUGUGAGUUGGUAUUUAUAUAUAUUUUUUAGUGCAUUUCAUCCGCUAUAAUCCAUGAACUAAGGCCUUCUUUGUUGACAGAGAAAAAAACAAAUCACUCGAGCCAUAAGUCUUCCUUUGUGGAGAUGUUCAAGUACUGCUAACAAGCUGAAGCCAUUGGCUGCCUUUUUCUUUUUUUUCCUAAGAAGUAUUAAAGAGUGAAAUUAACACUCAUCCCUGUUUUCUUUUCAUUUCCGUUUCUCAGUAUUUUAAAAAUAAUGUAUAUCUGCUGUAUUGAAGAAACGAUAACGGUGAGAUACAGCUGGAAAGAUAACUAAACAAACCAUUUUUUUUAGAUCAACGUAUUUCUGUUGAGGCUAAUAUCAGUAACAUAAUUACUUCAAAUAAUACAUUUAGUAAAAAGGUUAUUGUUAUCAAAUUGAGCAGUGCAGGAAAAAGAGUUUUAAAGAUAUGUUUUUAUAAAAGCUGGUACUAUACUAGAGCUUCAUUUGUCCCCGUUCAGAAUAACGAGUGGGCUACAAUUUCCUAACUAGAUACUGUAUAUAAUGUCAUGGGGGACUUUUUUUUUAAAAACUCUUAAGCUUUAGUUCACUUUAUAAUUUCUCACUUGCAUUAAAUUUGGUUGAUUCACUGGAUCCAUUUUUUUUUGGAUCAGGUUUUCUUCCCCUGAAACCAAAACGGAGGUGAUUCGGCUGCAUGUUUGAGAAGUUGUAUCACCUUAAUGGAACCUAGACAUGCACGAUGAAAAGGUUCUAGCUCGGGGUUUAAAUCCAGACCUUUCUGCUAGGCACCAUAACUAACAGUUCGACCAUUAGUUUAGGGUUAGGCACCCAUCCUUGAUUUAUCUUCAGGUUUUCCUCUAAGACAUCCAGGUAUAUUUCUGUAUCCUUCUUCCAGUGACACCAAGUCUGCAGGUGACAGAUAAGCAGCCAUUCCUUCUAUAAAACAUGCUUCCUGCUAAAGAUGACUACCCCUGUAGAACUGGCCCUGUACUGUAGACAUCAUACUGAAUUUAUUUCUUAUAUCCAAAUAGUUAAUUAAUAAAUUUUUUUUAACUUUAAUUUAACAUAAAUUUCUGCACUUUUAUUUUCAGCCAUAUUGAGAUCGAAUAAAUUCUCACCUGCUCUGCUACGUCUGCUCUAUCUUGUAAAUAUUGGCUUUUUUUUUGCUUCAUUUAUUUUGUUUGUGAGAAAAUAGCAGGUCCACUAUGGUAAAUUAUGACUAGAACCGGUUAAAGUUUGAUAGGUUUUGUAACUGGGCAUCUGAAAGCUUCUUCUUCAGCAGUGGAGACUUGCGCUGAAGUGCAUUAAAGUUGACUCUUUGCUUACCUUAAUUUAUGAUGAAAUAAUGUUCUUUCUGCUCAGGAUUGUGUCUGCAGCAGAUCUCUCUGCUCCGUUAUGAUGUCCUGGUGUUUUACAGUACUUUAGCAGAGGUCUCUCUGUGAUGCCUUGGUAAUAAAACGUUUUUUUUUAA